CUUCUUCUUUUUGCUUUGAAUUGCAUAUGGCAGCUCGAUUAAACGGAUCUAGCUACUUCAAUCUCUGAUUCUCCGGUGUUUUAUCUGAGCUAGGGUUGUUUUAAAUUAGCUUCCUUUUUUUUGGGAUUCUUCGUAGUCCUGUUCAACUGUUUUGUUUGGGAAAGGGAUGGGUAGGAGGCAAAUCUCACAGGAUGAAGUAGGACCGCCGAUAAACCCAAGAGCUGGAUUGCGAAGGGAACAAGCUGGGAGAGGUUCUUACAGAGGAAGUUAGUCACUUUGUUGCUCAUCGUUGGGGAAAAAAAAGUUUCUUCUUUUUUGAAGUGGAGACAAGACUUUGUUUUUUUGUUGUUGUUUUUUUUUCUCGAAUUUAUAAAAGAAUCAAGG